UUCGCGGUGCCGACCGAUCAAAUUGUUUUCGCAACUCUCCCAGCCCGGUUGUGGUCGCUCUCCAAGUCAGCGGGAAAAUGUCUAUAACGAAUACUCUGUCGAAGCUGAGAGCUCAUGUCGGUGUGGCAAUCCUUGCCGUGCUCUCCCCACUCCUGGUGCUGGUGGCUCUGAUGUGGAAACUUUUUGGCCAACUCUUCUGCUGCUCCUCUCCCAAGAGCAUCGUGGGCGAGGUGGCUGUGGUAACUGGAGGUGGUCAUGGCCUGGGACGAGCCAUAGCCCUGGAACUAGCCGGCAAGGGCUGCCACAUAGCCGUUGUGGACAUCAAUCUGCCAGGAGCCGAGAACACCGUCAAGCAGAUCCAGGAAAAGGCAAAGGUUCGCGCCAAGGCCUACAAGGUCGAUGUCAGCAAUUACCUGGAACUUGUUGAGCUAAACAGCCAAGUGGCUGGCGACCUGGGGCCAGUGACGGUGCUUAUCAACAAUGCUGGAAUCUUGUUGCACCGCAAAUCUUUGGAUCCGGAGCCGAGCGAUGUGCAGCAAAUGAUAAAUGUGAACCUGGCUGCGCACUUUUGGACUCGGAUGGUUUUCCUGCCCACCAUGAAGGCGAUGCGCAGGGGUUACAUAGUGACCAUCAGCUCCCUGGCAGGCCUGUUUGCCCUGCCCUACAACACCACCUACUCGGCCACCAAGGCCGGCACGACGGCCCACAUGCGGGCUCUGCGCAUGGAACUGAGUCUGGAGCGGCAGAAGGACAUUCAUGUGUGCACGGUGAUGCCCACCUUCCUGGAGGCCAACGAGGAGCUGGCGACUCUCACAAAUCAGGUCAAAAUCUCCAGUGUAUACCCCCUGAUCAGUGCCAAGGCAGCUGCCCGCCGGAUUGUGCACGGCAUGCUCCGAGGCGAGCGGGAGAUAUUGCUGCCAGGGCUGGCCUCCUUUCUGUACCGUCUGCUCACCCUGCUGCCCGUCGGCUGGCAGGAUAAAGCGAUAAUCAUCAUAUCUGGCAGUAAACUUGAACAAUUUUGCACGCUAAGGAAAUAGGGAAUGUUGGCUAUUGAUUUGGUGAUGUAAAAAGUGUACAGGUGGCUGGAGAUGCAGCUGUGAUUUAAAACCGAUUAAAGGCACGUAACUUGCAGGUGGCCAACAGGCGAGACUACA